AUGGCCAGCAUGGUUCCUGUUCCCACGAAAGCAAAGCUGUUUGAAAUCACAGUUUCCAGCAGUACAAAUAACAACCUAGUGACGAUCAGCUUUGCCAACCACACCGUGUGCAACUGUCUGUCCAAACUGGAUGCCUACAGACAAGUACACUCCAUCAUACGACGAUCUCUACCAGAAUGUCUGGUAGCCAAUAAAACCUGCCCAAAGAACCACAGCUGGAGCAACCGCUUGUGCAGAUGUAUGGCGGUGCAACGCGACACCCCUCCCCCGCUCCAGAUACAACACUCGGACUCGUUUGAAGCGGAUGUCUGCGGGUCAGAUAAGGAGUUGGACGAGGAGACGUGCCAGUGUGUUUGCAGGCGACAGCUCCGGGCCUCGGGCGCAUGCGGACCCCACCGCUACCUGGAUAAGAACACGUGCCAGUGUGUGUGUAAGACGCUCCCCUCGUCCUGUGGGCCGCACCAGCUUUUCAAUAAAGACACGUGCCAGUGCUCCUGCGCCAGGACGUGCCCCAGGCACCAGCCGCUCAACCGCACCAAGUGUGCCUGCGAGUGCAACGAGUCACCCAACAGGUGCUUCCUGAAAGGCAAAAGGUUCCACCAGGCCACCUGCAGCUGCCACAGACCACCUUGUGACGUGCGGAGGAGUCGACGCUGUGCAUCAGGUUUUUACUUCAGUGAGGAGGUCUGCCGGUGCGUACCAACAUACUGGAGAGGACAGGAUUAACUUUGAGUUCACAUUAUGCAGCUGACCUUCUACCCGGUUAUAAUGAUUAGAAUCUAUUGCUAUUGCUACGCGAGCCGCAAUCGUGUGGAGAAGUACCUAGCCUGGACCUAGGUCGGGAAAUGGUUGAAAGGACACAUAGUUUGUGGGCUACUUUGGAAUUAUAAAGUGACACUUGGGAAAUAUUAUGGACAUAUUGAUGUGAACCCCAAAUAUCACGAGAGGAUCUAAUGAAAAGACUGAAGGAUGGGGAGAAAUUGAAGGCGAAGCCUUAUUUUUGUUAUUUUGUAUUUGUUUGUUAUUCGUAUGUCAGAUAUUGAUGAUAUAAUUUAUUGCCACUAAAUGUUUGCAACCUCUUUGUUUAUUGCAAUUUCAAUCUUUCCAAGAAAAUACACUGUGAUCAAUAUGUGUGCAUCAUGUGAUGCCUCUUUAAAAUAAAAGCUGAAUAUUGUUAACAUAUUUCUAAUCUAGUUUAUCAUAUUGAAUUGGAGUUACUGAUUGUAAAUAACUAAUGUACACACAUAUCUUACAAUUAUGAUCAUAAGGCAGGCUAUAUUUACACAACAAAAAAUGUCAUUCAAAUUUCCAUAUGAAUUAACACAAAAUAGUAUGUCAUUUCUGAACUGCCAUCCACAGCAUACACAUUUAUGUUAGAUACUUGAAAAUAUACUAUAUAUCACUUUUAUCUUUGGUCAACCACCUCACCAGCCAUACUAACAUUGGACUCUCAGUUCUAGGAUCAGGGCCAUACGUUUUUCCAGGUUUGAACCAUUUUAUGACAUGAUGAGGAUAUCCUAUGAAUCCAAGUCACCAGUAGUAAACCUCCAAGGAAGGGAUACGGUGAACUAAUACAUGAAUCCUGCCUUGUCAAUGAAUGAAUACUACUACUAUAGAAAACCCUAAUCAGCCAAAUGGACAAGGAUAUCUAAUCUACAGUACAGCAGAAUGAAGACCAGUAUGAGAAUGCUCCUAAUUCUCUGACCAAAACUCAUUGGACAAGUGAAUGGAUGUUUCAAAGUCUACCAUGAAUGACACAUCGGGACAAAUGGUUACUAAGAUGUUUGGAAGGUGCUCACUCCGUAUGGGUUUAAACAAGAGCAGGUCGAGUUCUUGUCAUAGUGCUGAAGUAUUUCAUGGUCAUUUUCUACGUCAACUGUGUUUGUAUUGUUCCUAUGUUUUUCUACUAGAAAAUAAAUCACCAAUUUCGCAAGACGCA